UAAUGUUGAAUGAUUAAAAUGCAUGGUAUGAGGUUUUAAACUUUAUUGAAUGGAUCAAUAUAGAGAGUUGGCUAGGAUGGAUUAUAUACUUCUGCUGUUUGAUUGCUGCUAUGAUUUUGGGAUAUUUUUUACUGACAGUAAAUUUGCAUAUAUUUUAAAGUCAUUCAUUGUUCCAGAUUAUGAUAUCCACUCAUUUUUCACAAUCUUUUUAUUUUGUUUAACUUUUAGUCUUAGUACUAUGGCAUUGGGGAUGUUCAUUUUUGAGAUUUUCAAGAUAGGAUAAUCAUAAACUAGACCAAAAUUAUGGUCAUUCACUUUAUUUAGCGAUGUUUUAUUAUUGCUAUUUAUAUUACCUUCUUUAACAUUGAAUUUCAUUUUUCAAAGAUGGGGAUUUAAUAAAUAUCCUAAAUCAUGUAUAUAUAUAAUUUAUCCAUUAAGGUAUUUGUGUAUCUUCAGCUAUAAUCCUUUUGAUUUUGUAUUUAAUCAACAAAUUUCAAUUCAAUAAUUUAGAUUUUAAACUAGCUUCCUAAAUUGAUUUCAUUACUAACAUAGGAACUUAUAUGAUAGGAAUUUUAUCAGGAUUUGGUGCUGUCUAUUGUCCUUGGGCAUAUUUUCAAAUGAUUAGUUUAGAUAGUAAAAUCUAUAUUUAGAAUAGUUAAUAAGGUGAAAUAAGGUAAAAAGGCAAUAGUAAGUAACAUCUAUUUCAUUCUUGCAGAAAUUGAGAAAUCAGUAGUUAAAUUAGUUUUGAUAAAUGAACAAUAUAGACAUAAAAUGAAUGGGGAAGAAAAACCAACUGAUUUUUGGGCCAGAAUAUCAAGUUGGUUUAAAAAAAAACCUACAGAGUCUUAAUAAAGGAAAGAUUUGAAAGAAGAAUUACGUUAAUUAAAGGCUAUACAUAGUUAAUUGUAUGAUCAUUUCAAAGAUUAUAUUGAUGAAGAAACUAGAUACUAUUAAUCAAAAUCUUUGUAUGGUAAAUUUCUUAAAAGAUUGGCAUGGAUUGUAUUAAUCUAUUGUAUAUAUAAAAUGAUAAUGAGUACAAUAAAUGCUAUUUGGGGAAGAAAGAAAUCAAUAGAUCCUAUAAGUAGAAUUUUAAAAGUUAUUUUACCCUUUUUUGGAUUUGAAUUAGAUCAAAUAACUUAUGAAACUCUUGCUAUGUAUGGAACAUUCAUUUUUAUGGGUUAUUUGAUGUUUAGUAAUGUUAGAUCAUUUUCUUUGAAUUUAGUUAAUAUAUUUAACACUUUUAUGGGUAUGGCUGUGUUAUAGAAAUUACCUUAUGAAAUUAUGGUAUUAUUUAUUGCAGAAGUAUUUGGAGUAUAUCUUUUAUCAACAGUUAUUUUGUUGCAAACAAGUUUACCAGAUAGUUUCAUAUCUAAUCUUAAAGAAUAUUCUUAAGGUAUUGAAAUAUUAAGCCACUAUGAAAAAAUUGAUAAAUUAUUUUUAUUAAGUGGUUUUAUAAGUACAUUAAUAAUAUAUGCAAAUUAUCAUAGAAGAAAAUCGAAAUUAGAAAACUUUGAGAAAUCAGAUUUGAAAUUACGGGAUUGA